UCCCUCACUUCUUUUUAAUCUUAAAACAAACACCGGUCACCCGCGCGACACACCGGUCGUUCGUUGCACGUGAACGUACUCUAACCCUUCUCUCGUCCCUCUCGAAAACAUUUCUAUUCCUUCUCUCGCAAACGCAACACCCUUUGCUAUAAUACGUGACACCCACCACCUUCUCUCGCACCACUCACGCUUCUCACGACACUGGUUUUUUUGCUUUUUCUUUUUUCUGAAAAACAUUCUGAGCACAACAGAACGGAACAGAGCAGAACCACACUCGCAUCCAUCGAGGUUCCCAUGGCGCCAAUUCCUUAGAUAACUAACUCCUUUCCUCGAACAACUCGAACUACCAAAAUGAAGUCUGCGCAGGUCAAAGAAGCGAUUCUCUUUACUCUCCUGACGUGCGUCUUCGCCAUUGCAGAUUCGGAUCUAGCUUCGGACAGAGCCGGGCUAGUGUCACUCCGAAGCGCGUUGGGGGGACGCACGCUGCUAUGGAACACCAGCCAAACAAACCCUUGCGGGUGGACCGGCGUCACCUGCACCAACGACAGAGUAACCUUACUGCGCCUACCAGCGAUGGGUCUCUCCGGUUCUCUCCCCUCCGGUUUGGGAAACCUCACCGAACUGCAGACGCUCUCCCUCCGCUUCAACGCUCUAACCGGACCAAUCCCCGCGGAUUUCGUCAACCUUAAAGCGCUGCGAAACCUCUAUCUCCAAGGAAACUUCUUCUCCGGCGAAGUUCCCGAUGCGGUAUUCUCGUUGCAGAACCUCGUGAGGUUGAAUUUAGGUAACAACAAUUUCAGCGGCGAGAUUUCUCCCAAGUUCAAUGGUCUCACUCGUUUGUCCACUCUCUAUCUCGAACGCAACAAUUUUACUGGUUCAAUCCCUGACCUUACUGUUCCGCCUCUUGAUCAGUUCAACGUCUCGUUUAAUUCCCUUACGGGUCCCAUUCCGAACCGGUUUUCGAGUCUGGACCAAACCGCUUUUCUCGGGAACUCACUCUGCGGGAAGCCCUUGCAAAGCUGCCCCGGAACCGAGGAGGGAAAGAGUAAAUUGUCCGGUGGUGCCAUUGCGGGUAUUGUGAUAGGUUCCGAGGGAAAGAGUAAAUUGUCCGGUGGUGCCAUUGCGGGUAUUGUGAUAGGUUCCGUGGUUGGUUUGCUGUUGAUUCUGCUGCUUUUGUUCUUUUUGUGUAGAAAAAGGAGUGAGAAAAACGAUGAAAGUGUGUCAACAGGGAAGCGUGAUGUGGGAGGUGAAGUGUCUCGUGAAAAGAGUGCUGAGAGUGGGAAUUCUGGUUCGGCGGUGGCAGGUUCGGUGGAGAAGAGUGAUGUUCAAAGCAGUGGUGGUGGAGAUAAGAGUCUGGUGUUUUUUGGGAAUGUGAAUAGGGUGUUUAGUUUGGAUGAGUUGUUGAGGGCUUCUGCGGAAGUGUUGGGAAAAGGAACGUUUGGAACGACUUACAAGGCGACUUUGGAAAUGGGGGUGAGUGUGGCGGUGAAGAGGUUGAAGGAUGUCACAGCCGCAGAGAGGGAAUUCAGGGAGAAGAUCGAGCAAGUGGGGAAGAUGGUUCAUCACAACUUGGUCCCACUAAGGGGUUAUUACUUUAGCAGGGAUGAGAAGCUUGUUGUCUAUGAUUACAUGCCUAUGGGAAGCUUAUCUGCUCUCUUGCAUGCAAAUGGUGGGGUGGGGAGGACUCCACUGAAUUGGGAAACAAGGUCUGCCAUUGCUCUUGGUGCUGCUCGUGGGAUUGCAUACAUUCAUUCUCAUGGCUCAACAUCCUCUCAUGGGAACAUCAAGGCAUCGAAUAUCCUUCUGACGAAAUCUUUUGAAGCUCGUGUCUCUGACUUUGGCCUUGCUUACCUUGCUCUUCCAACCUCUACGCCAAACCGUGUUUCUGGUUACAGAGCACCAGAGAUCACUGAUGCGCGAAAAGUAUCCCAAAAAGCUGAUGUCUAUAGCUUUGGCAUCAUGCUUCUGGAGCUGCUUACAGGGAAGGCUCCUGCUCAUUCUUCACUGAAUGACGAAGGGGUGGACCUCCCAAGAUGGGUUCAAUCUGUGGUUGAAGGUGAGUGGAACACUGAUGUAUUUGACAUGGAGCUUCUGAGGUACCAGAGUGUUGAGGAGGAAAUGGUGAAGCUCUUGCAGCUUGCCCUUGAAUGCACUGCACAAUAUCCUGACAAGAGACCUUCAAUGGACGUGGUAGCAAGCAAGAUCGAAGAAAUUUGCCAUUCUAGUUUAGAGAAAGAGGAAGGGAAGAAUCAUGAUUUUAAAGAUCCUGAUAAUGGAUUUUCGCAACAAUACUACUCUGUUGACUCGGGUGUGUCACAAGCUUGAAUACAGAAAUCAAGAAAUACCCUUUUAUAUUUCAUCAUUGCCUCACCCAAGCUUGAAUAUAGAACUGAAGAAAGACCUCAUUGUUUUCAUAUCUGGCCUGUUUUUGGCAUGCAUAUUACACAACAAGUGUUGUUUGUUUGUUGGUUUAUUCAUUGAGGGAUUAUAGAAACCUGCCGUUUAUGUCCUUUGUCAACCCUUUCACUUCCUUAUUCUACUCAGUCCCUUUUGUUAUUCUGAGUCUUGGUUUUUGGGGGUUUCCAUAUCCCCAAUUUGUUUACUACUUCAUCAUAUUCCUUAAACGACGCUUAUUUUAUUUA